GCCUUUGUCUCUUCCGUCCGUCCAAUCAAGGCAUAUACCCACCACGCGCCAUGAUCCGAUCAUCAUCCUUUGGCACUCUGGGUCAGCCUCCAGCCAAGCAGCCAUUCUCCUUCGGUGGUGGCGCCUCAUCAUCACAGCCGCAACAGCCUCAAUCAGCUACGACGGGAGGCUUCUCCUUCGGAGGCGCCGCUGCUCAGCCUUCGACGAGCAACAACAACAACACGGCCGCCUCGUCGACGUCUCUGUUUGGAGCACCAAAGCCAGCGACGGCAGGCGGCUUCUCUUUCGGCGCCGGGGCGACCUCACAGCCUCAACAGCCGCAGCAGCCGCAGCAGCAAAGCAAUCCUGCUCCAUCACUAGGCGGCAGCCUCUUUGGCGGUGCAGCUUCCAACUCGGCCCAGCCUUCAACAUCCCUCUUUGGCCAGCCUCAGCAGCAACAACAGCAGCAGCAGCAGCAGCAACCGAAUCAAUUUGUUUCAGGCGGUGGCGGCUUCAGCUCCUCUCUCUUCGGCCAAUCACAAUCGCAGCAGCCCAACAACCAGCUACAAGCCUCUCAGGCUUCCACAUCCGCCUCCCCCUUCAGCCGUCACGCCUUCUACCAGAAAGAGCGCUUCAAUGAUCUCCCUGACGAUGCUCGUAAGCUCGUCGAGGAGAUGGACGCCUUGAUCACCUCGCACGUCUCCAUCCGUGACGAAGUCCACCCCAAACUCAUCCCGGCCUCUUCUUCCUCCUCCUCUGCUACAACCGCCGAGCUCGCACCAUUAGGGGCGCAAAUCCACUCUCUCUACUCUCAGCUACACGACGCAACCGUGACCCUGAGCGCGCUGAGUGCUACAGUAGAUUACCAACAAGCCAAUGUGCGCAGCUUGGCCAAUGGAGUCGAGACGGACAGGAGGGAUCUGGCCCAACUGUGGGAGAUUGGGGAUGCGUACAGGCAGAAUCAGAUGGGUGGCACGAUGCAAGCGCCGUCGCAGGGACAGGGGCAGCAGCAAGCCUUUGGACAAAGCCAAGGCUUUGGUCAGAGCCAACAAGGUCAGCAGUCGCAGCAGCCAAAUCAGCAACAGCAGCCCCAACCCUCCCCCACCUCCUCCCGCCCGAACAAUGCCCAAAAGCAUCGCCAAUUCCUCUCCUCCUACUUCACACGCUCCGCCUCCGACUUCCAGGCCCGUGUAGCGCAAUAUAGACGCUCUCUGGACGCUAUCACGCAACACCUCUCUUCCCUCUCCUCGCGGGACAAGCACUCACCCAGAGCGAUCAGUGACACCAUCUACUUUCAGCAUGAGACGUUCAUGCAGUUCGCUGGACAGGUGGCUGCGUUGAACGGGGAGGUAGAGGGAUUGAAGAGGGACUACCGCACUUGGUAUGCGAAGGUCUUCAGGAGUGUGAGGGAUCCAUUCGAGGCCAAGGGGGAAGGAGAUGGGCUGGACAUGUAGGCAAUGAAGAGUGUGCAGGGGGCGUCAUAGGCGACAAGGAAGGCACGCAACCGAACGCCACGGCGAGCCGAUGUACAUGCAGCAUGGAAUGGCAUCAAAAAUGGACACAUUA